GAUCUUUGCAGAAUUAGAGACGAACCGAAUCGACUACUGUCGUAGAUCCUCUCUCCUUCGGAAAAUAGCCUGGAUCUGGAUAAAACCCGUAUUGUCUUGGACUUUGCUUCCUGUCAUAGAUAUGGGGAUUGAAGCCUGAGGAUAGAUGAACGCCGCAAGACGGAGUUGCUGCUUUCUCCUUUGCCAUAAACCCCAUGAGCCACUUCCGAUUCUUUCAUACCGCCAGUCUCAGGUGUUUUUUCAUUUUAUGAUUCGUAAACCAUCUGUCGGUUUCAUGUGAUGGAGUUAUCAGGCGAUGAUUUCUGCAUAUCUUUAUUUUGGCGGCUUUAGUUUGGAGAAGGCAAAAAAGACUUGAACGAAAUGGAAGCAAAUUAGGUCGUCGCGUCCAAUUCACGUGAUGCACUCCGAAUUGCAAGUAGAUUAGUGGUUUGAUCGUUUUCCGGUCUCAACAUAUGUCAAACAUCAUGAUGAUCAACUGUGCUGGCGUAACAAAAUCUGGGUUUUGGUGUUCGCGCUCUGAGGCUUCCAUCCUUGGUUUCAACUUUGCACAUCUCAAUCCGCUUAACAAAAUCCUUUUCACAAUUGAGAGGAGAAAUGUCCUUCAAGUCGGAGUUGGGUCUGCUAUUUCCCAAAGAAUGUACUCGGCGGCCUCCUCAGGCUUGGCUUCAGCAAGUGACCGUUCUGAUCGAAAGCCUGCCGGUAAGUCGUCUCUUUAUGCCAGGCCCAGUUUGCUCCAAAUGCAGCAGGAUCGGCUCAAGGCACGUGAAACUGUUUAUGAGUUUCUGAGGAGUCUUGGAAUAGUUCCUGAUGAGUUGAACGGUCUUGAGCUUCCUGUUAGUAUCGAAGUCAUGAGGGAAAGGAUAGAUUUCCUGCACAAACUAGGUCUUACAGUCUCGGACAUCAACAACUAUCCUCUUGUUCUGGGUUGCAGUGUGAAGAAAAACAUGAUUCCUGUACUUGAUUAUCUUGGAAAACUGGGUGUUAGGAAAUCCACCUUUGCAGAUUUCUUGAGGCGAUAUCCACAAGUUCUUCAUUCGAGUGUAGUAGUGGAUCUUCAGCCUGUUGUGAAGUACCUCCAGGGUCUGGAUAUCAAGGAGAAUGAUAUUCCAAGAGUUCUUGAGAGGUAUCCAGAGGUUCUAGGAUUCAAACUGGAGGGUACCAUGAGUACUUCUGUUGCAUAUUUGGUUGGCAUUGGGGUAGGAAGAAGAGAAAUUGGACCAAUUCUUACCCGGUAUCCAGAGAUAUUGGGAAUGAGAGUGGGAAGGGUGAUCAAGCCAUUUGUGGAGAUGCUUGAGAGCAUAGGGGUUCCAAGGCAAGCUGUUGCAAGAUUGAUUGAGAACCGACCUCACAUGCUUGGUUUUAGCUUGGGAGAUCAGGUGAGACCAAAUAUAGAUGCUUUGAUUGAAUUUGGGGUGAGAAAGCAAAGUCUGCCCUCCAUCAUAGUUCGCUAUCCUGAGAUUGCAGGACUUGAUCUAAGGUCAAAGCUUCUGUCUCAGCAGAAUUUCUUUAAGUACAAUCUUGAUGUGAAUCCUGAAGAGUUUGGUGGAAUUGUGGAAAAGAUGCCACAGGUUGUUAGCCUUAACCAGACUCCAAUAAUGAAGCACAUUGAUUUCUUGAAAGGCUGCGGCUUCUCACAGGAAGAUAUGAAAACUAUGGUCCUUGGUUGUCCUCAGAUUCUUGCAUUGAACAUUGACAUCAUGAAACUAAAUUUUGACUAUUUUCAACAUGAGAUGGAGAGGAAACUGGAGGAUAUUGUCGCAUUUCCAGCUUUCUUUACUUAUAGCUUAGAGGCAACUAUCAAGCCUAGGCAUAAGAGGAUUGCUAAGAAGGGUCUGAAAUGCUCGUUGGGCUGGCUUCUGAACUGCAGUGAUCAGAAGUUUGAUGAACGGAUGAGCUACGACUUCAUUGACAUCGAGGAAAUGGAAGCUGAGCCUUCAUUUGAUAUGGAAUCAUUUUCACGGCCAAAGGAAUAUGAAUCAUCUUCGGAAUAUGAUGACGACAGUGAGGAUGAUGAUGACAUGUGAUACUUUAUCUGAAGUUUUAAAUUUGAUGCUUAGUGCAUCGUCAGAAAAAGGUAUCUGCUUUAACAGGGGAGGUAGAACAAAAUUCAAUGAUUAAUUUGUUAUUUAUGUGCACUCUUUGGCAGCCUAUUUCCUUCCGAAUCAAGCAAUCCUUUGUAAAAUUUGUAGCAUUUAUACCUUUAUUUUGUAUUGCUCACUACUUCACUCUUGGUUCUCUCGCAUCAUUUUGUCCAAUAUUAAAAAUGAAGGGCUUGAUUGGAAUUCCGUAGUUA